AGUUUUUAUUGGUCUAUGCGUUAGACAUUGUAAAAUGGCUGGCGCCGAUGGCGGAGAAGUCGAUAUGUAGUCUGUAGUGUUUACGUUAAGUGAAUUACCUUUACUUUUUACUAACAUUAUACUAUAAUUAUAUUAUACAGUGUUGUGUGGCUAUUAUAAACAGUUCGGAAACAAUAUUCGUGUGUAACUUUAAACAAGAUGCGUAAUCAUCAUCGUCGACGAUAUAUGAAAAUAAUGACAACACUUUAGAACACGCAACAGCCGUGUGAGACAACAAUAAACGAUAUUCGUUAUGGGGAAUUGUUGUUGUUGCGGCAGUCGGGCCUCUUUACCGGCCAAACAAAAAGAGGCGGACUUCGUGAGAAUAACCCAUCCACCAUUUAUCGAAAACUUCCCUAAAGAUCAGAGUUCUGUGAGCAGCAGCCGUCCGGAGGAACGAUACCGACCGACACCAACCAAACCCAGAUCCAUAAUGGUGGCCAUGUACAAUUACGAAGCCAGAGACAGUCAAGACGUUUCGUUCAAAAAGGGCGAUCGAAUGGAAGUCAUAGACGAUUCCGAAGGCGAUUGGUUGAAAGUUAUACAUCUAACUACCAAAGAAAAAGGAUACAUUCCGGGGAAUUACGUGGCGCAGGAAAAGAGCGUCGAAAGCGAAGAUUGGUUCUUCGAGAACGUAUCUAGAAAAGAAGCAGAAAAAUUACUUCUAUGCGAAGAAAAUCCAAGGGGUACUUUUCUAGUCCGUCCCUCCGAGCACAAUCCCAAAGGAUACUCGCUGUCUGUGAAAGAUUGGGAAGAAUACAGGGGAUACCACAUUAAGCAUUACAAAAUUAAACCGUUAGAUAAUGGCGGAUUUUACAUAUCCACCAAUAAGACAUUCGACAAACUGUCAGAUUUAGUAAAUGCGUAUACCAAAAAUGCUUACGGUUUAUGCCAUGUACUAUCGAAACCUUGUAAACGCCCCCAACCAACGAUGUGGGAUCUCGGUCCUACGUACAGGGACAAAUGGGAAAUAUCCAGAGACGAAGUGAUAUUGAUACGUCGUCUCGGACGGGGUAAUUUCGGCGAAGUCUACUACGGAAAAUGGAAAAACAACAUCGAAGUGGCUGUGAAAACUUUAAGGGAAGGUACCAUGUCGACUGCUGCUUUCUUAGAAGAAGCGGCCAUCAUGAAGAAAUUCCGACACAAGAGGUUGGUAGCUUUAUACGGGGUGUGCAGCGAACAAGAACCCAUCUACAUCGUCCAGGAAUAUAUGAGUAAGGGUAGUUUAUUGGAUUUCUUACGUAAAGACGAGGGUAGACAUCUCCAAUUCGAAGAUUUGGUUUAUAUCGCUUUCCAAGUUGCUUCCGGCAUGGAAUAUUUGGAAUCCAAACAGUUGAUUCACAGGGACCUAGCCGCAAGGAACGUCCUAAUAGGCGAGAACAACGUCGCUAAAAUAUGCGAUUUCGGAUUAGCCAGGGUAAUAGAAGACAAUGAAUACUGUCCAAAACAAGGUUCCCGUUUCCCAGUAAAAUGGACGGCGCCCGAAGCUAUAAUAUACGGUAAAUUUUCCAUAAAAUCAGAUGUGUGGUCGUACGGUAUACUAUUAAUGGAACUAUUCACCCUCGGACAAGUACCCUACCCCGCUAUGCACGGUAGAGAAGUCAUAGAUCUAGUUGAGAAAGGUUACAGGAUGCCGAAACCGACAACCCACGAAGUACCCGACGAAAUCUAUCAAAUAAUGUUGAACUGUUGGGACGCCAAUCCGGAAAAGAGACCGACUUUCGAAUUCCUGACGCACUAUUUCGAAGGAUUCAAUGUUACGUCCGAAGUUCCUUACAGGGAAGUACCGGAUUAAAAUCCCAUACGACGAACCGACUUCUUCGACCAAUAAAUUUUGUCUUAACAGUUAUGAAUCUCUCAUAAAGGCUCUUAUACACGUGACAAUCAUUUUAAACGGUUUAACAAAUUCUGUUAAGAUGACGGUUACCUCAAGCUGAUACACAUCCUUUUUUUAUCUGUCACCAACUAAGCUAGAUCUCAUUUAGUUUUAUAAAUGUCUGAUUUGUUUCCUAUCAAAUCCUUCCCGGAUGGUAACGUUCAAAUAAUCGAUUUGUUUCCGGAAAGUUAAAACAAACAAUAAAUCUGGUUUAAGGCUCUUUGUAAACGCCCUUAAUAAUUCGAAUUAUUUUGAAAAAAUAUGCGUUUUUGUAUCAAACUUUUCCAUUUAAACCGAUGAAUUGCUCAAAUUGUUGGACGGUUACCUUUCUAACAGGACUCGGAGAACCUUUUAAUCAAAUUUUCUAUCAAUAAUCAAUAAAAAUUGUCUGAGGCGAUUCAAAACGAUUCUGAAACUACUCGAGUUAUGAUUUGGGGUAGAUCUGGAUCAUUUAUGGUGUUUAAUUAAAUUACAAAUAAACCGGAACCUUCUCUUUCGUCCCUGAUUUAAAAGCUCUCAUCAUCUUCUACUUGAAUUGUUAAAUGGUUGGAUGGUUACUUUCAAAAAGACAUUCACAUGUCUAUGGUGAUACAAAAUGAUUCCCAAACAAUUUAAUUGUAAUUUGGGGUAUUUCUAGAUUAUUUAGGGUGUUUAUUCAAUUGUACAUAAAAUGUAACCUCUUAUUUCCUAAACUGCUUGGUUACUAAUUUGGGACAUCUAGUUUCUUAAAUUCAAUUGUGUAUGAGCCAGAACCUUUUAUUCAACCCCUAAAUUGAAACUCUCAUUUAUUAUCUUCAAAAAUUCAUUUUUCAAUUUAAAUCCUUCAAUGAUUAAAUAAUUGCCUUCUAAAAGGUAUCUGAUAUGGUUAAAAACGUUCUUCAAAUAGCUGAGGCUCUAAUUUGGGACAAAUCUGGACAAUAUAGGACAUUGAAUCAAAAAGAAUUGGAUUACUGCUUUCGAAAGGGCAUAUGUCAUGGUUGCAAACGUUCUUCAAAAAGCUCAGUUUUCAAUUUUCACCUAGACAAUAUAGGACGUUGAAUCCAAAAUUGUGUCUUUUAUUCGCCCCUAAAUCGAAAUUUCUACUCAAAAACACAUUUUUGGUUCAAAAUAUUUGGACAGUUACUUUUAAAAAUGCUUUCACUCAUCUAAGGUGAUUCAGAACCCUCUUCAAUCUAUUUUAAUUCUUAAUUUGGAAUAUCUAGUUUGUAAAAUUCAAUUGUGUAUGAGCCAGAACCUUUUAUUCAGCCCCUAAAUUGAAACUGCCUUCAAAAAUGCAUUUUUCUGUAUAAAUUAAUAAUUGAAUAAUUGAUUUUGAAACGGCAUAUGAUAUGAUCCAAAACGUUUUCUAAAUAGCUCUGAUUCCCAAUUUGGGACAGAUCUAGAUAAUGUAGAGUGUUUAAUCCAUAAGAAAUCUCCAUUUUAUAUCAACUUCUAUCAUUUAUAUGAAUAAUUUUGUAUUUAAAAAUCCUUCAAUAACUGCAUAAUUGUUUUGGAAUGAGCAAAUGAUAUGGUUCAACAUGUUGUCCAAUCUGAUCUAUACAAUGCAAGAUGCUCGAUUCAGUAUUUCAACUCUAAUCUAAUGGUUGAUGGGAUACUUUUGGAAACAAUAUAUAGAAUACUUCCAUCCCGAAUCAAAAACUUUAUCAUUCAUCCUCAUAUUUUUCUAUUUAAACCAUUGAAAGGUUUCCAAUAACCACAACCUUUUAUUCAUCUCCUAAAUCAAUAUUUCCAUUAUAAAUUUCUAAAAAAUUAAAUUUGAAUCGUUUUCGAAAGUACUAUAAUGUAAAUCUGGAAAAUAAAGUGUCCGAAAUGAUUGUUUUGCAAUAUUUUUUUGAUUUAUUAAUCAAAUCAGCAAUGGUAGUAUUGAUGGAUUGAUGCUUCCAUUCUCCAAGUAUGUUGAUGGAUUUUAUUAUUGACGAAACGCCGUCCAACUUAGGAGCAGAUUUGACAGACAAUAAACGAACGUUUACUAGAGCCUUUCUAAUAAAAAAAUUAUAGUUUAUUUGUGAUAUUUUUAGAUCAUAAUUUUGACUAGUCACUCAAAUAGUGAAGCAAACAUUUUUUUAUUGUAUUUUUUUAUGAAAACUCCAAACAUCACGAACGAAAAAUAACCAGAUAAGUCCAAUUGGAUACUUAAUUUCAUUUUAUUCUAUUUUUUUAAUUUUAUAUUCGAAUUUUACGAUAAGUGUACUAAAGUUGAGUACAGUCUUAUUUCGCAAUGUAAUAUUUUUGAAAUUUAAUUAUACCGUCCGUUUUACGUAUGACAUUUGACAGAUUUAUCGUUUAUAUAGACCCUUUAGGUACUGGGAGUAUAGUGGCAUGGUUUAAAUUGAUAAUCAAUUUACAUUUUGAUUUAACAGCUUCCCAAAAAAGUUUAUUUUGAAAAAUAUUUGACUUUUGGAACGUUUAUAAGCAAAAUCAAAAUGUGUUCCAUGUAUUUUGAUGUUUCUUUUUCAUUUUAGUAAAAUUACUUCUACUAGUUCGGUUCCUGGACAUUAACACGUUGACUAAGUGUUUCUUGUUCUUUGUUUUUCUUCCAAAAAAUGUAUUUUUUUGAACAAUAUUUGAGCUUUGGAAUGUGCAAAUAUAAAAACAGAAUUUUUUCAUGUAUUUUGAUGUGUCUUUUUCAUUUUAGUAUAAUUACUUCAACUAUUUCGGUCCUUGGACAUCAACACGUUGACUGAGUGUUUCUUGCUCUCCAUUCUUCUUUCAAAAAGUAGUUUUGUAUCUAUUUUUGAAAAAUAUUUGAAUUUUAGAACGGUCAAAAGCAAAAACAAAGUUUACUUGAUAUAUUUCGAUUUUCUUUCUUCAUAUUGCUAAAAUUAAUGUUCCCGCACAUUAACAUCUUGACGGAGUGUCUGUUAUUCUUGAUUCUUUUUCAAAAAAGUAAUUUUUGUACACUAUUAACACGUUGACUGAGUGGCUGUCAAAAUAUAACCCUUUUGGUUUCAUUGACAAUACCAUUUUGUGACAAUAAUUUUGAGUUAUCAGAGAAAAAAAUGAGAAAUUUCUCCAAUUUCAUACGCCAACUAUACAAUAACCAACCAAACUUACCCGAUACAGUAUCGGGUAGCGAUACCCAAAACAAGAGGAGUAUCACCAUAGUUAGAUACUUAAAAAAAGACUGUACUUAAUGGAUCAUUUAGAAAAAAAAUAUGUUUCGACUAAAAUAUCCGAAGCAAAAAAAACUAACACACGAUUAUAGUUUAGAUUCGAUUAGAAUAUCAAGUGCAAAUCAAAAUUGUAUCACGGUUACACUUCGAUUUGCAUUCCUAAAUCUAAAGUGUCCUAUUUCCAGAAUUUAACUUUUUAUAUAAACAUUUUAUACUUCCGAUAACAUUUUUUAAAUCGAUAUAACGAGAAUUUAUUAGACGUGGUGUUCGAAAAUAAUUAUUUCCUAUUCUGUUGAUGUCUUGUGUGUAUUCUCGUGUAUUUUCCUCGGUUAUAUCAUCAAAAUGUACCAUAUCGUUGAGUAAUCAUUUACAAAAUAAUUCUCUUAUCUUAGGGGAUGUUUUUUUUUUGGGUUAAAAUACCUUUUAAAUUGAGAUUUAUAUACCGGAUGAUGGUUACCAAUUUUAUACAUCCUACUAUUCCAAAUAAAUACUCGUUUGAAUAAAUUAUGAAUUGAUUAAACAUUCAAAACCCUGUAUUUUUGUAAAUCAUCACUCAGAUUAAAUUAAAUGUCUCACAGUGUCUCCCUACCUGUCAUCUUCCUCCUCUCCUGCCUUUUUGUCUUUUUUAUACCAAUCCAAAUUCAGUUCUAGAACGUUUUAUACCCCUAUAGAUUAUUCUUGAAACAAUUUAGAGAGUUCUGUGAAACUGGCGAGCCAUCUACAAUAUUAAUAUAGGUAAAAACUAGGCUCUAGACCAUUUUAUAACCCUCAGAUUAUUCUAUAACAAUUGACAGCGAUCUACGAUGUUGACAUAGGAAAAGACGAGGUUCUAGAAUAUUUUAGACUCACCAAUUUAGAGAGAUUUACGAUGAUAGUGUAGCAAAUAACUUGGUUCUAGAACUCUUUAGAGCCCUCAAAAUUAUUCUGUAAAAAUUGAAAGCUAUCUAUGUGAGAGAAAAACAACGAAAAACUAGAGUAGAACAUCUAUGUAGUUUCUGAAAGGAAAGUACUUCAUAAAUUGUUGGGUCUCCGCCAUCUUGAAUGUCAACGGGAAUAGAAGUGACGUCAUCUGUCAAUUGUCGUGUCAGUCAUCCUUUCUAGUACUUAAAUUCCAUAAAGAGACUGUGAGACAUAAUAGUGUGUGAUAAAUCGAAUCUGUGUAUGGGACGUUAAUUUUCGCGUGCUUCAAUUUUGUCUUGGUGCAAUAGUGGUAUAUUUUCUAUACAGAUAUUUUAAAAAUUCUAGAUGAUAAAAUUAUUUUAUCUACGAUUAGUUAGAGGUGCAUGUGUGUUUGUAUUUUAGUGUUAUAAAAAAAUGAUUUUUCGUCCGUUUCGAUCGGAUAUACAGUCACGUCAAAUAUAUUCAUUUUUAUUUUCUUUAUUUUUUAAGAAAGCCAUAUGUUAAAAAAAUUUUAUAGGAACAAUAUAACUUUUGUAAAUAUAGCAAGUACUGAAUAAAAUAGCGUCUUGA